UAAGAUUUAUACACUCAAAUCUGCAUCAGAAUCUAUUUUGAUAAUUGAAAUAAAUAAGUAUUUAAAUUUAAUAGUUAGUAAAACCAAGUUAUUGCAGGAUACAAGUAAAAAAAAUGCCAUAAAAGAAUGCAAAUUUCAAUAUGAAAAAGAAAUUAAUAAGAAAGUUAAAGAGGUUUAUGAGUUUAUCCAUAAUCAAAUUGAAUCAAAAAUAGAUAGUAAUAUUUGUGAUAUAAAUGACAAUAUAGAUUUAUUAAUUGAUGAGACGAUAUCUCUAAAAAAAAGUGCUAAAAAAAAUGUUGAAUCUUUGAGAGAGAAACAGAAAAAAUUAAAGAAAAUGUUAGUAAUAAAACAAAUAUUAGGAGUUUUAAAAAUUGCAGAUCAAACAAUAAGCUUUGUUGGUGGUUCUUUUGGAGUAGUUGGUGAAGUAAUAAAAGGAGGAGUUAACAUAGCUGAAUCAUUUGCU